UUUAUCUGACUAAGCAGACAGCAUUCUGUUUAUCUUUCGUUUUCCAGUCCUCCAGAGCGAGAACAGAAACUUAUGAGAAGAGCAAGCUGACACGGCGCCGUAUAAAUAGGGAGGUGUUGCCUCCCCGCGUCUUAGUUUCUAAGCGCCUUCAUCAUGUUAGCGUCAAACCAAGUUGAUUUUGCGGCGAUGUCGAUGCAAUUUUGCCUGAAGAGCGUCCGCGUCUUUCUGGCAGCCCUGCUGAGGUGGAUGUGCGCGCUGGUGUCUGGCGCCCCCGCGGGAAGGACCGGGCCCCCGGAGACUCGCGCCGAAGGGCAGCAGACCACCCCGAGCAGCGUGAACUACCACUUCACCCGCCAGUGCAACUACAAGUGCGGGUUUUGCUUCCACACCGCAAAGACCUCUUUCGUGCUGCCUACCGAGGAGGCGAAGCGAGGCUUGCGACUUCUGAAAGAAGCAGGAAUGGAAAAAGUCAACUUUUCGGGUGGGGAGCCCUUUCUUCACGAGAGGGGCCGUUUUCUGGGAGAGCUCGUGCGGUUCUGCAAGCAGGAGCUGCGGCUGCCGAGCGUCAGCGUCGUUAGCAACGGAAGCCUGAUCAGAGAAAGCUGGUUCCAGAGAUACGGUGACUACCUGGACAUCCUGGCAGUGUCUUGUGACAGUUUUAACGAAGACACGAACAAAGUCAUAGGCCGAGGUGAGGGCAGAAAGAGUCACCUGGACAAACUGCAUCUAGUUCGUAACUGGUGCCGAGACUAUAAGGUGGCUUUCAAAAUCAACUCGGUUAUCAACACCUACAACGUGGAUGAAGACAUGGCGGAGCAGAUCACUGACCUGAACCCCGUGCGCUGGAAGGUCUUCCAGUGUCUGCUGAUAGAAGGUGAAAACGCUGGGGAGAACAGCCUCCGAGAGGCAGAGAAGUUCGUCAUCAGCGAUCGGCAGUUCCAAGACUUCCUGGAUCGCCACCAGAGCGUUAAGUGUCUGGUUCCAGAGUCUAAUCAAAAGAUGAGAGACUCUUACCUGAUUCUUGAUGAAUACAUGCGCUUCUUGGAUUGCAGAGGGGGGAGAAAGGAUCCGUCGAAGUCCAUUCUGGACGUUGGUGUGGAAGAGGCCAUCAAGUUUAGUGGCUUUGACGAGAAGAUGUUCCUCGUGAGAGGAGGGAAGUAUGUGUGGAGCAAAGCGGAUAUGAAACUGGACUGGUGAACCGUUUUGACAUUGUGGGGUUUUUUUUUUGCUUUGUGUUUACAUUGAGAGCUGAGUUAUAUGGUGAUAAGCAGUUGUAUGAUAUAGUUACAAAAGUUACAACGGCUUCAAAAGCUGUUUUCACUAUUUCAUUUUUUUUUAGAUUCUAUUGCACUGAAUUACUUAAAUAUAAUUAUAAAUAUAAUUGUACUUUUUAUGUAUUUGUAUAUAGAUAGACAGACAGACAGAUAGUAAGGUAGAUAUACAGAUGG